GCGAGGGAGCUCGACAUGGAAGAGCUGACCGCGUUCGUCUCCAAAUCCUUCGAGCAGAAAAACAAAGAUAAGAAAGAGGCGAUCACUUAUCGGGAAGUUUUGGAGAGCGGGUUAGCUCGAUCCAGGGAGCUGAGCGGCUCGGAUUCCAGUUGCCAAGACAUCACAGACACCAGUCAAUGCCCGACACACAUUUACAAGGAUAUAGAGAGUGAGAACGAGAAGGUGAAAGAAUUGAAUUCGGCCAGAAGUUCUGAAGGUAUUUAUGAAUGUAAAGAGAAAAGGGAGGAUGUGAAAUCGGAGGACGAGGACGGGCAGACAAAGUUGAAGCAAAGACGCAGCAGGACCAACUUCACACUGGAACAGUUGAAUGAACUGGAGAGGCUGUUCGAUGAGACUCACUAUCCCGACGCCUUCAUGAGGGAAGAACUUAGCCAGAGACUAGGGUUGUCCGAAGCUAGGGUCCAGGUUUGGUUCCAGAAUAGACGAGCCAAAUGUCGGAAGCAAGAAAAUCAAAUGCAUAAAGGAGUCAUAUUGGGAACCGGAAGUCAUUUAGACGCCUGCCGCGUUGCUCCGUACGUCAACAUGGGAGCAUUACGGAUGCCCUUCCAACAGGUACAGGCGCAGCUACAGUUGGACGGAGUGGCGCAUGCGCACUCACACCUCCACCACCACCUGGCGGCGCAUGCUCCCUACCUGAUGUUCCCUCCGCCUCCCUUCGGACUGCAGAUCGCCUCGAUCGCCGAGUCCGCCUCGGCUGCUGCUGCUGCCGCCGCCGCCGCCGCCGUCAAGACGAGCAGCAAGAACUCAAGCAUCGCUGACCUAAGGCUCAAAGCCAGAAAGCACGCCGAGGCCUUGGGACUCUGACAGUUAGCGGAGACGGGUCGCCACCACCUCCAUCACGCCCACCACCAUCACACCCAGUGCCCGACUGGUGAUCAGUGCCAAAACUACCAAUUUCAGAAACUCCUCUGUCAGUAUCAACAGUUGCACUACAUAAUGCAAAUGCAGGAGCCCCGAAUGGGAGAAGGUAGCAGCAACUGCACGCCCGGAUCUCAAGAACAAAAUCACUAAAGCUCUCUCAGAGACAGAAACGCAAAACAAAUACUCGAUUCAGACACAAAGGGGGCGAAUCCCACUGUGCCAAAGGACAAAAGGGCACGGACUGGUCUGGGUCAGAAAGACCACCCCUCAUUGCUAUUAAGGGGUACGAUUUAUGUGGCGGGUUCGGAGCAUUUUCCAAUUCAAUUGGGGGCGAGGCAGACUCGGCCAUAGAUACAAUCUGUGUGUGACCUCGCGUGUAUCUGUGCCUCUGUACAUUUGUAUAAACAUAGAUGGGGGUGCGCAGUCAUUGAUUUAGAUCUGAGCGAACAAAACAAAAUUGCUGACAUUUUCUUGCGAGUUGGUGGGGGCGGGGGGUGGAUAUGGAGGAAAGGCGUUUUAGCCUGCUUUGGAGUUGGAAGACUUGAUAUUCUAACCAUUCAUCUCGCCUUUUGAGUUUAUCCGCGCUCAUGGUGACACCGAACGGCAUAAAAACAAGAUGUGAAAUGGUAACGAGGAACUCUCAUUACAUGACCUGUCUGGGGCUGGUCUCCAUUUGAAACAAAAUAACCAAGAGCGCUUUCUCUUUCCUAUAUAAAUAACUACGGACCGAAGGCAGAUUUAACCGAUCUUACAAGGCGGCUCUUCCAAUGCUAAAGGACUUCACCGCGAAUAACACACUAUUAUAUAUCUAUAUAUAAAACUGUUGGAUGUUGAGGUGGUCACAGACUUAUUAAGGAUGUCAGAAAACUGAAGACGAAUUGGUUCUUCAACGAACGAACCGAAACAUCUUCUUGCAGGAAGCAGCAAUAAAUAUUUCUUUUUUCUCUCUCUCACUCUCUUUCCUUCCUCAAAUGAACUCGACAUUUCUCGAGGAGGUUCCUUGAAGUACUUUGACUGGAUAGUUGGGCUUUUGGUUUGCAGUCAAUUGGUACUCCUGCAGUAACUCUUAAAAUGGGAGCUUGCGAUAAAUAAAAGAACAUCCUCGAAUGUUUCCUUUCCUCCAACUGAUUUUUAAAUUGUUUACAAUAAAAUAAAGAUAAAGCGCAGAGGGGGAAAACAAAAACAGCAUGGUGGAUAGAAUCUGUUUUCUAAACAUUAAAAAAAACUAUUUGAAGUAACGGGUACAGUGUAGAUUAAACGGUAUCGAUGUCGGAUUUGAUGGUAGCAACCUGGAGUAUUUAAGUGUUACGAAGAAGCAUUUCAUGACUUUUUACGGUGGAACGCAAUUAAGUGCAGUAAAGUGCAAUACUGUAAAUAUCAGAAGUAGUUGUCUCGUAGUAACUCGAGAAGGAGCAAUCACUUGGUCUAUGUAGGCCCAAGAAGCUGGUGAGUUGCUCCACGAUCACCAAAAUUAACAAAAGAACCAAAUUCGUAUCUCUCUACAGGGCAAUUACUGAGUGGUAUCUUUAAGAUAAAGUAGCUAAACUUUUUUUUCAGUUGGACGGGUGGGAGGGAAGGGUCUCUCACGUGCCAUAAUUCUUGGAGCUAAGCUCGAUUAAGUGUGUAAAACACGGCUUUCUACAGAUCAAGUUUUUAAAAAGCAGAAUAACGGUGACGUGUAAUAAAAGUUAGAGAAACAUAAUUUUACACCGUGAGCAAGACGUCAAUGCUUAUGUUUAAUGUCUGAUACCUACAGCCGUAAAACCCGCCGCACUGUUAUAAUCCCAGCACAUGAACGUUUUUUUAUUUAUUUCUUGUAUUUUAAAAUUUUUAUAAAUGUGAUAUAUUUUAUUAUGUCGUGUGUAAAUGUCACUUGCUUUGCCUUUAUUUUUAUAUUUUCAAUCUUGCUUUGCGAAUUUCUGAAUGAGACAGGUGUAAUUACUUUGCAUCGUUUGUAAUGUUAAAUAUAGCAAGUUGGAGUUUACAAAUAUGAAUAAAAAAUCAUUUCAGGGAUGCAGAUAAUUAAUAAUAAUAAUGAAACAUAGCGCCAGAUUGACACACUCAUUGCAAGAUAAAACAGUAAACCAGUGGUAUGGAGGCUGAAGAAAUGUAUUCGUUUUGUGAUUAUUUGCAAGCAUGCCUACACAUUCUGAUUUACAACACAGUUCUAUAACUUAGAGUCCAGAGUGUAUUUUGUUGGAUCAUCCAUAUUAUGAAUGUACACCUU